ACCGUCAUGAAUUGGUAUUCAGGAUUUCAGAUUCCCUCCGUUUUGUAUGUUCAAGAGGUUGGAGGCGUAGUUUCGCAACGCCUGUAUGCACCUCAAGCUACUAGUAGUACUACUUUCCAAUGGGCAUGUUGGCCAAAGUGAUGCAGAAAUCGACGAGAGCCUGGAUGGAAGGUGCUUUGCUGUGUCAGUGGGCACCUUCCUUCAAGCCCUGCAGCGCAAACAGGGUGGGAGCUUCCUCAACAUCACGGUACCUAGCUGCCAUCCUCUCUUUCUCAAACAGGUAGGGUCCCCGGCAGACUCUGCUGGUCAUGGUGAAUGAUACAUAAUCGAUUACAAUCCACGAAGACCAACACACCUGCUGACU